CCGGCGCCGCCGCAGGAGCGCGGAGAGGCGCGGCCGCGGGAGCUGGCGCCGCCUGCUCUGUCCUGCUCGGUCCUUGCUCCCGCGCGGCCAUGGACUGAGCUUCGAGCGGGCCACAGGGAUGGGGCCGCCGCUCCGGGCUCUGCUGCUGCUGCUGCCGCUUGCACUGCCCGCUGCCCCCGCCCCCGCACCCCGCGGCCGGCAGCUCCAGGGGCGCCUGGGCUGCCUGCUGGAGGAUGGCCUUUGUGGAUCGACGGAGGCCUGCAUAAAUGAUGGAGUGUUUGGAAGGUGCCAGAAGGUUCCAGCUCUGGACGCAUCGCGCUAUGAAGUGUCACCUGUGGCCCUGCAGCACCUGAGGGGCACCUUGCAGGCACUGUCCAGCACAGGUUUCACGUGGCAGGAUGACCACACCCAACACAUCAUGGCCCAGGAGCUCGCAGGCCUCCCCAGAGCCCACCCCCAGCGCAUGGAAACUCCCGGCCCAGCCAGGACCUCACAGCAGAAUGCAGACAGGGAGGGGCAGUACAGCCCGGAGGAUGAUGUGGUCCUGGCCAAGGCCCUGCAGCGCUACUGGCCCUACUUGGAGGCCCUGUCCCACACUGCAGGCCUGGGCGUGCACCGCAGGAGGGAGCAUGAGAAGCCGCCAGCCGAGGAGGAGGCACCCUUCCCUGAGAAUAUUUUGGCCUACAUGACGCGUGCAUCUUCCCUGACCUACCCUCCCACGAGCCAGAUCCAGUACCCUGAAGCCUUCCCGCUGCAGACCCUCAGCCGACUCCAGCCAGAUGAGCUCAGCCCAAAGGAGGACAGCAGUGUGGACAGACAGCACCUGAUGGCAGCCCUGGGCACCUACACAGCUCGGAGGCCUUCCGUUCCGGCCAGAGAGGGUGGCCCAGGCCCGCGGCACAUUCUGCACAGCCCCUCAAGAGUGCCACGGCCCCUCUCUGUGCUGGCAGCCCCCCAGAAGUGGCUUUUGCCUCUGGAAGCCCUCCAGGAGCCUCUGGCCACAGGUGAUGGUGCCACAGCAUGGGAGGACAACGGCCCAGGCUCCAGUGAGGUCAGUCACCCGAGUGUCCAACUUGGAGACCUCCGGCAGGACCCCGGGUCCCCACUGCUGCCUGGAGAGCCCACUCUGCAGCAGCCCUUCCCAACAGCGAUGAAGAAAUCGGAGGGACCUGUGGUCUCCUUGUCUUCAGAGGAAGAGGGUGUGGGUGUAGAGAACGUGAAGAGCCAGACCUACUCCAAAGACCUAUGGGAGAAGCCGAAUGCAGAGCCCAGGGCCACUGGGCUUGAGGGGCUCCGGGGCCAGGAGCCAGGCGCACCACAGAAGGUGCAGAGGCCCCCAGCGGGAGCGUGGGGGCCCCUGGAUGAAGGGCUGCAGCUGGAAGCCAGGCCUUCCGAGGGCGAGGAGCCUGGCUACAUCGUGACGGGCAGCGACCCCCUGAGCCCGGAGAAGGGGAAGCAGCUGAUGGCCAAUGUUGCCCACCUCCUGCAGGUGCCGCCCAGCAUCUUUGAGGACAUCGAGGUCCUGGGGCCGGCGGUGACCUUCAAAGUGAGUGCCAAUGUCCAAAAUGUGACAACCGCAGAUGUUGCGAAGGCCACAGCUGACCACAAGAACCAGCUGGAGGAGACAUCUGGGCUGAAGAUCCUGCAGAGCGGGACUGGGUCGAGCAGCAAGCUCAAGCUCCUGCCUCACGGGAGAGAGCAGGAGGACUCCAUCAAGUUCAUCGUGCUCACCUUUCUGUCCAUGGCUUGCAUCGUGGGGGUCCUCGUGGCCUCCAGCCUCGUCUACUGCCUCCGCCACAGCUCCCACCACAAGCUAAAGAAGAAGCUGUCGGGCCUGGGGGGCGGCGCGAGUGCAGACGCCACUGCGGCCUACCAGGAGCUGUGCCGCCAGCGCAUGGCCGUGCGCCCGCCUGACCGACCUGAGGGUGCACACGCCUCCCGUAUCAGCAGCGUCUCCUCCCAGUUCAGCGACGGCCCCAUGCCCAGCCCCUCCGCACGGAGCAGCACUUCAUCCUGGUCUGAGGAGCCCGUGCAGUCCAACAUGGACAUCUCCACUGGCCACAUGAUCCUGGCCUACAUGGAGGACCACCUGCAGAACAAGAACCGGCUGGAGAAGGAGUGGGAGGCACUAUGCGCCUACCAGGCGGAGCCCAGCAGCUCACUGGCUGCCCAGAGGGAGGAGAACCUGGCCAAGAACCGCUGCCCGGCCGUGCUGACCUAUGACCACUCGCGGAUCCUGCUGAAGGCCGAGCACAGCCACGGCAACUCGGACUACAUCAACGCCAGCCCAAUUAUGGACCAUGACCCGAGGAACCCUGCCUACAUCACCACCCAAGGACCGCUGCCCGCCACGGUGGCCGACUUCUGGCAGAUGGUGUGGGAGAGCGGCUGCGCAGUGAUCGUCAUGCUGACCCCGCUCGCGGAGAACGGCGUCUGGCAGUGCCACCGCUACUGGCCCGAUGAGGGCGCCAGCCUCUACCACAUCUAUGAGGUCAACCUGGUCUCCGAGCACAUCUGGUGUGAGGACUUCCUGGUGCGGAGCUUCUACCUGAAGAACCUUCAGACCCACGAGACACGCACGGUGACUCAGUUCCACUUCCUGAGCUGGUAUGACCAGGGCGUCCCUUGCUCCACGAGGUCGCUUCUGGAUUUCCGCAGAAAAGUAAACAAGUGCUACAGGGGCCGUUCUUGUCCAAUAAUCGUUCACUGCAGCGACGGCGCCGGCAGGAGCGGAACCUACAUCCUGAUCGACAUGGUUCUCAAUAAGAUGGCCAAAGGUGCUAAAGAGAUUGAUAUUGCGGCGACCCUGGAGCACUUGAGAGACCAGAGACCGGGCAUGGUCCAGACGAAGGAGCAGUUUGAGUUUGCACUGACGGCUGUGGCCGAGGAAGUCAACGCCAUCCUGAGAACCCUGCCCCAGUAGGCAGCACCACGGCCUCGACCGCCCCGCGACUCCGCCCACCUCUCCCUUCAAGGCCGCACAGGACAGGGUCCACAGGCGGUCGGCUCGGCACCUUUCCCUCCUAAAAAUGUGUACUUUCGUUCCACUGAUUGAGGGGGGCAUCCAGCUAGAGGGAGGGGGACAAUCAGCGCAUCUGUUUUCACGUUCUGGAGACGAUUCUUCUCCUAAAGCACACAUUCACAUUCCUACCUGCAAAUCCUACUGUGCUGGCAACGUGGUAGUCAGCAGCAUCAGCGUGGUCUGGGAAGGAGCAGGCUGUGGGCGCAGCUUGCCAAAGGGGCUGCAUAGGGCAGGGGGGCACCUGGGGUGCCCCCGCAGGCCUACGUGAGCACCACCAGGUGUGCCAAUGACUGACCCCAGCCCAGAGGCUGGUUCAUCAUGGGGCUUCUCAGACAGCAUGGUUAGCGUCCACAGCUUGCAGCAGGUAAGAGAGGACCUCCCCAGGUGCAGCCACCAGCUCCCCUGCCCCACCCCCAAGCACUGUGCAGGGCCAGCUGAGCCAUGCACAACCCCCCGGACAGGAAGAGGGGCUCCCUGGCUCUCCACCACUCUUUCCAAGGUCACGGCCUCACUGACCUUGUCCCACACUGACACGCUGACCUUGUCCCGAUGUCUACACAGGACAACCCAUGUGAGAAUAACAAUGUCCACACAGCAGGGCCAGGUGCCCUAACACACUUUCCCAUGAGGCAACCAGACUGCAGUGGGUGUGGGUGGUCAGUGAGCCCCAAGGGUCCCAAGGCCCAGGGGCCCAGGGGACACUUGGAGGCCCAGUCCUGGACGACAGGUGUAGAUGCCCCGGCCUCACUGUCACCGGCACCCAGCCCGGGGAGGCUCAGGCCUCCUGCUCCCGGGGUGGUCAGUGGAACUCCGGGUUCUGCGUGGCUCCGAACUGCUGAGGUCACAUCUGAGCACCGGUUUACCGCCCCGAUAGCUGGGGGAGCCACAGACCCCUCUGUAGCGCUGAGCAUGGAGAAGACCCCAUCCCGCCCAGGGCCACCCGCCCCUUCUGCCUUCGUGUGACACCCAUGCCAGGCACAACAGAGACAGGUGGAGCGGGGCGCAGGUGCCGGCGCGCUGUCUAGAAUGGUGUGGUGGGCCUGCUUCAACAUCCGCCCUCCUCUUCCCAGAUCGUUUCUCCCUACCUGAAAUUUAAAUAAUAACUAAUAGAAAUGAAUUUAUCCGACUAUAGGAAGCAUAUACCUACUUUUAAUUUCUAACUUCUUAUGUUUUAAAAAAUCCUGCCGUGUGAGAUG